CAGGAUUAAAUUGGUUUUAUUAUUUAUUUAAAUAAAACUAUCAGUUUUUCCUAACAUGUUCAAAAUUUUGCCGCAACAAUUAAACCUCCCUACACUUUUUUCACUCAUUACGUCAUCCGCUUACAUUUCACAGAUCCAUGGAGUAGCUGGGGUGAAAGGCUUUUUCCGCGGCAUGUUGGCGCGUGUUUUGUACUCAAUGCCCGCCACAGCCAUAUGCUGGUCAACAUAUGAAUUUUUUAAAUUCUACUUGGCUGGCUCUAAUCACAGUACGUACAAGUCAUCGAUAACUGGCAAAAAUGCAUUGCAGCGACGAGAAGAAACACCUGAGCGCGGCGAAAAAACUGCCUAUGUAUUGCCCGUAACAACCACCGAAACAGAGGAGGUGGCGAAUGCAAAAGCAACAAUAACAACAACAACAAUGCCUACAUCACCCAGCAGCGGUACAGGUGGUGGUGCGACAGCUGGCCCAACGCCAGGUGGCGCAACUGCGAUCAAAAGCGUGUGUGAACUGCCCAGUAAUGUGACUACAUCAGCAUUAAAUCUGCACACGAGGCAUACAGAUGUCAAAAGUGCGCGACCAUUCGAACGAGGAUACUCGAGUCCGUAAUUCUAAGUGUGAUCACCAGAUACGAAGCGAGCGUUGGAGAGAGGGGAGCAAUACGAGACGAAAAAUAUUGUAAUGUACAAAAAUAAAUUUAAAAAAUCUACAGUAAGCAGAGCUAGGGCCAGCGAUAUGCGUUCAUAGCAGACGACAUCAUCAUUACUACGUUUGGCCAUGCUGGUGUGUUUCUCGAGGGAAGCCUGGGCGUGUUUUGUAUAGUGGCGAGGUAAGGGCAGGUGGAGGUGUAUAUAACAGCGUCGACGUGGACCGUCACACUGUAGGUCGCCCCAAAAACCUCCCUUCCGUGAAGACAAAGAAUGCUUAGUAAGGAACUUGAUUUUAUGGUGUUUAGAUACCCACCACCUGCCUGUAGCGAUUUUUCUAAAUGCAAACAACCAAGAAAAACAAAUCGGAAGA